CAACAYUAUUCCUCGACUCCAUUUUGAAUCCAAUUCUCGAAUCUUGCGGAUAGAAUUUCGAUUACAAUUCGUUGAAGGUAUCCACUUUUCCUCUUCUUGGGGCUUUCCUGAAAGCCUAAGAUGGCUAGCAACCAACGUUACAUCGCGGUUGCUACUAGUGAGGAAACAACCCAAGAUCCACAGGAAGUUAGACUAUCAGUUCAAUCUCCACCACCACAACCCAUUAGCUUAACACCCAACAAUGAACUCGAUGAACCUGGUAUAAACCAAGCCGUUUAUGUGGAAAUACCUCCAGAUGUACCACCGCCUCCAUACGACUCAUCUUAUAAUAGCGAACAUUACAGUGAUCAAGAAGUCAGAACCAAUCCACCUGCUUAUGAAGUUGCUUCAAAGCUACCAACUUAUGAAGAGGCUGAAGGAGUCAGAGAAAUCGAUCAGGAUUUGGAGCAAAGAAAUGCAAUACUUCUUGAUGGAGGUCAAGAAGUAACCUUAGGAAAUGAUUGGAUAUUCUUGAUGUGUUUUACUUUGGCUUUUGUGUUUAAUUGGCUUGGUUUCUUUGCCGCUUAUUGCCUUACAAGAACCAUUGCUUCACGUUAUGGUGCCAUUGCUGGGUUUGGACUGUCCCUGGUCAAAUGGGUGUUGAUUUUCCAGGAAGCAGCCAAGGAUAGCGAUGCACCAAUGAUAUACGGCCAGGAUUGGCUUUGGUGGAUCUUCUUUGCACUCGGAUGGUUAAUGUUCAUACGUGCUGUACUCGCCUACAUCUACAUCAAAAUGUUAGUUAAGAAAGGCUGCCGACGUUUCCCUCGCACCUGGGGACUACCCACUCAGAACAAGUAAACAUCAUUUGUGACAUGCAGUCCAAAUAUAAGCCAAAAUGGGCUGAAGUGUUAUUAAAAGUAGAGCUGAUUUAACACUUAGAUUUUAUUSAAGGCUUGCAGUGGUGGUAGUAGGAGCUUGAAUAGUAUUCUUAAUUUAGGAAUUAAUAGUGUAUAAUAUUAGCCAAUCAGAUUGUAGUACGUUAUGACUGAACCUUGACUUGAGCUCAGUGCUGAUUAUUUGUUUUCAUGKCGAAAGAGGGAUUAGGAUCUAAAGAAAUUAGCAAUGCGCUUUGGUCAGUCAACUUAACCGAUGUACAGSUAAUACUCCAAAACCUCUUAUUUCAAKCCUUGGUUUUCAAGAAUGGUAGCGGUAAACUUGGUUAAGACUUACAGUAACACCCAUACCUUAAAUUCAGCCUAAAAUUAAUUGAAUUCUUUAACUUAUAAAUCUCUUUUCCUGUGUUUUAGAUGAAUSUUAGUCAUACUUAGGGACAAUCGUUGUAGCAAAUUUUGUAUUGAUUUUAAAUUUAAAUGAAAACCGACGGAAAUAAAAAUUCGUGAAAUCUCA